CCGCCCGGUCUUUGGUUGCGGUGGUGCAGAUCCCAGUGGGAGGGAGUCACAGCUGAGCGAGUCCGCCCUGCGCUUCUUGGGGCGAUGGCGAAGAUCGAGGCACGGGGCCUUGGGCCGGCUCCUCAGCAGGUGACGGUGUUGAUGUCGUGCCGGGUGUCGGAGGGAGUUGGCGGAGGGCGCGGCCUGACUCUGGGCCCGGGGUCGGGGCUUGGGCCUCCGGCGGCGGCCGGCGGUGAGCACUCGGCCCUCCGCCUACAGCUGAGCAUGGAGCGGCCCGGGGAGUUCCGGCUGGGAGUUCAUUACAGUGACAGUCUCCUCAGUAAGAGCCUGAGCCUUUACGAAUUUAAUUUAAAAGAUAUCAUCUAUGAAUUCAAGAGUGCAACCUGCCAUGGAAUUAGUACAAGGAGCCAACCCACCGAGCAGCUGACCUUUCUCUUUGAGGAUGAAAAGGAGGCUCAGAAGUGGUCAACAAUCAUCACCAGCUCUUUGAGAGAGGUCGAGAAAGCAAGUUCCACUGCUGGUCAACAGAACCAAAACGGGUCAACAGGAACCCCAUUACAGUCAGCUCCACCGGUGACAGAGGGAGGUGCCGGGCUACGGGCAGAGCCUCCAAAAGUUGGCCCAGACAUCUCCAGAACAGGAAUGGACAUCUCCAGAACAGAGGAUCUUAUUCAGCAACUCGCCAAGGCGAUAGAAGCAGGCGAUUCUGCCUUGUCGUCAGAGUGUGCUGUGACUUUAGCACAGCAGAAAGUGUGCCUCGGUAUCUGGAUCAAGGAGGCUGCGUAUCCCAACCAGCAGAUCAGUAUGAGAGUUGGAGUGGAGGAUGCUGCCUCUUCUGCCACUAUUGUCGUGAAGGUCUUUCCCUACGCCACUGUCUCUACGUUAAAGCAACAGGUAUUCCGAGAUUUUGGAUUUCAUCCCGUGGUUCAGCGCUGGAUUAUUGGCCAGUGCCUGGCAGUCGAUCACAGAACUCUGAGCUCGUACGGUGUGAAGAAGGAUGGAGAUUCAGCCUUCCUGUACCUGCUUUCGGCAAAAUUAGCCAGCUUGCCACGACGCCAGUAUGAGGAGGACCAGGCCCUCACAGUCAUGGCACAUGGUGAGACAGGCAUCGACAUGCAGAGGAGGGAAAGCCUUCUGGAGGAAGAGAAGAGAAAGUACAGCAUAUUACCGAGCAAGCUGCUUGUGAAUAAAGGUCGACUACCACAGAAGGACAGGGAUGGAAGGAUAGACAUCAACAACAUUGCUCAGUGCAUCAAUUUGGAGUUGAAGUCACUUCAGCCUCUCCCAUCCCAGGAUACAUGGAGCAGACCUUUACAGCAAGCUUCCCUCGCUCCCCAGUCAACACAGGCAGGUUGGGCUUGCGAAAAGUGUACCUACAUAAACAAACCUACCCGGCCAGGAUGCGAGAUGUGCAGCAGCCCCCGACCGCCAGAAUACUCUGUGCCCCAGGAUUAUAAACCCGAUGAUGAGGAACUGUGUCGCAUUUUACAGGAGAGGGAAGCAAUGCAGAGAUAUCAACAGGAGUUGGAGGAAAAGCGUCUACAGAAUUACCAGAACCUCCUGCAGCUUGAUGGCCAGCACCUCGUGCUCAACCGUGAGCCCAUCGAAUGUCGCAUCUGCCUGUUGGAUGUGAAGCCAGGGGAGGGGGUUGUGCUGCGAGACUGCCUGCACUCCUUCUGCAGUGAAUGUCUGAAACAGCUGAUUAGGAGCUGUACUGAACCACAAGUGCCCUGUCCAUUUCGGGAUGAAAGCUACGCCUGCAAUAGUAAACUCCAGGAACGAGAAGUCCGAGCGCUGGUUUCGCUUGAAGACUAUGAUAAAUUCCUGGAUCGCGGUAUGAGUGUCGCAGAGAGCAGCAGUGAAAACAGUUACCACUGCAAAACAGCGGACUGCAGGGGCUGGUGUAUCUACGAGGACAUGGUCAAUGAAUUCCGCUGCCCAAUCUGCUUAAAGCUCAACUGCCUGCUCUGCAAGGCAAUUCACGAAGGAAUGAACUGCAAACAAUAUCAGGAUGACCUGCGUUGCCGAGCAGUGAACGACUCUGCUGCACGCCGCACAACAGAGAUGCUGAAGACAAUGGUUCAGACCGGAGAGGCGAUGCAUUGUCCCAAGUGUAAGAUAAUAGUGCAGAAGAAGGAUGGAUGUGAUUGGUUGCGGUGCCCGGUCUGUCACACGGAGAUCUGCUGGGUUACCAAGGGAUACCGCUGGGGUCCUGGGGGACCCGGAGAUACAAAUGGUGGAUGCCGUUGUCUUGUUAAUGGUCAGCGGUGCCACCCGCUGUGUCAGAAUUGUCACUGACCAACCCCCCUACCCCAGCCCAAUCCAGCAGUGUGGGGGAAAACCCACUGAACCCUCACAGUCUGGAUAGAAUUAACCAGCGGGGAGAGCGGACAGACGGGACAACGAAACUCUGCCGAGAAUGGACAGUCCGGCUUCCGUGAUUCUUAAUACCAGACAGGAGAUCUUUAACUCAACCUCUGGUGGCCACUUCACAAGCAGCCGGUACAGACUGUGUGUCAGGACCUGCCGCGCCUCAAAACGAAAACUAAGGCCUGGCUCACCAGCGAGUCAGUUUGAUAGUGUUACAACACCACAGUCUGUGGUAACAAACAGAGACAAUGACCAUCCCAGUGUUGUCCUGUAACUAGCCACACACCCUGUUUAACUAAGUGAUAAAGGAUGAGUAACAGAUUUGGGUCAGUAAUCUCCGUACUCAUUCACAUUAUGUGUGUGUGUGCUCGAGAAAUUUAAUCAUUCAGUGUGUGUUUUGUGUAAUGCAACGGUGGGAGGGCGAGUGAUUUUUUUAUCGUGUGGUUGCUUUACUCCCUUGGUUACUGAAUACUUGGAGAUGUUUGUUCAAUGAGUAGUCACUGGGUAAGUAUUUACAUUAAUUUACAUUUACCUGGAUUGUGUGCGAAACAUAGCAACACCUGUGCUCAGUCUGCCAAUUUCUAUUGGACAACACUGGGUCAGAUAACUGGGCUCUGUUAUCAUUCCCAGGUAUCUGUUACUUUAUUUUUAUAAAACACCUGUUAGUUGACAGAUCGUUGUAAGGUUCCUGAGGGAAGAAAAGAUGGGAGAUAUUUCUUGGCCAGAUAAUGCAUGUCGCUCUCCAUCGACGACUCCAUCAUCUUAAACUGUAAGUUCUCUCACUGACUUCCUCACUAGUAAAUCACACACUCUCUCUAACCUUCCAUCCUACGUUAUUUAUCCCAGAAGAGAGACAUGUUGCUGAAGCUUUUUGUCUUACACUCAUCAGGAAAAAUGCAAAAAUGCCAAAUUUCAAAUGAUCACAACAAUUUUUACUGUGGGAGAAAGGCAUGCUGAUUGGUGACAUGCUGACGCUGGCCAAGGUGUUGCCAUGGUGAAAGCACUGGGGAACUAUUGGCUCCCCAAGCUCCUGAGUAAUUCAAAAAAGAUGCAAGUCUUGAACAUAUUCAUUUUGU